UACAGGGUGAUGAAGCAGCAGUUAUGUGAUGAUAUCUGGGAGUUACCCUGUGGAACAAACACAUUCAACACAGGAGAAUGCUGCACUUGGCCCCGCCCUCUUGUGUUUACGUCGGAGGACGUUUGCGGAAAUGACCCUGUGCUUCGUCAAGUUAGCGACCGUUAGCUGCUUAGAAACAGAACUACUUUGGAAUAAGAGUUUGACGGUUCCGAUGUUGGAUAUAAACAGUAACGGCUUCAAUUGGAUAAUUAAUUUUCUUUUAUUAAUAUUACAUAAGAUACUUUUAAGCGCUGCUUUUAUUUGUCUUCUUCAUAUAAUUUGUUGGUGCCGUUCUUAAUGCUUUUACUUUGAAGGCGGUGAUCGGAAAUCCUGUUUGUCCGUCUGCCCGGCUUCACACCACAAACCAGAUCGGACCGGAGAUACUGAUUGGCUGCGGGCUGGCAGACUGAAUGGAAGGGAGCGAGAUAAGGAACCGAGCCGAUGCGGACCAGUCCAGGCCGGGUCGAGGCACCAGAGACAGCAGCACCCAGACUGACAGCAGAGUGCAAGGCCAUGACCCCAGGUUAUCAAAGGUAAAUCUGUUUACCUUACUGAGUCUGUGGAUGGAGCUGUUCCCUCAGGAACAACAUGAAGAGGACAGCCACAGUCAGAUCCGUGAGGUGGGCCUGGUCGUGGUGCGGGACAGUAAGGUGGUGGGACUCCACUGUUCAGGAGCAGAGCUCCACGCAGGACAAGCAGCCAUUAUCCAACAUGGCGCCCGCCUAGUCGAUUGUCAGCUGUACUUCUCCAGGAGACCCUGUGCUACCUGCCUCAAGAUGAUCAUCAACGCUGGAGUCAGUCAGAUCUCCUUCUGGCCCGGAGACCCAGAGGUCAGCAUGCUGAGGUCCACCUCCACAAACCGUUCAAACUCCCACUCCCACAGUCCACCCCACUGCAUCACAGAGGAGGCCGCACUGGACGCUGUGGCUGCAGAGAAGCUGAAGUCCAACAGCCGUCCUCAUAUCUGUGUGCUGCUGCAGCCGCUGGCACCUGGCCUGGCACAGUUUGUGUCUGAGACGUCCAGAGACUGUGAUUUCAUGGAGAAAGUGGCCGAUGAUGAACCAGGACUCAACACAGAGGAACUCUUCAGCAGAGAACGAACGAGACACCUGAAGGAUUUCUCCAGACAGUUCCUGGUCGGGACGUCUCAGCAGCACCGGGAGAUAUUGACACACAUGGGUCUGGAGAACUUCUGUGUGGAGCCAAACUUCUCGUACCUGCGACACAACAUGAGGGAGCUGGUGGAGGUUCUAGCUGCAGUGGCUGCUGGUGUGCCACUGCAACACUACGGAUUCUACAAGGAACCGUGUUCAUCUUCAUCAGCCAUGUCCUCGCUGCCUCCUCAUCAUGAGGAAGUCUCCCAGGAGGUGGCUCGCCAUUGCAUUAUCCAAGCCAGACUGCUGGCUUAUAGAACAGAGGACCCCAAAGUGGGCGUGGGUGUGGUGAUCUGGGCCAGAGGACUCUCGGCUGGCUGCGAUGGAACGGGGAGUCUGUACCUGGUGGGCUGCGGGUACAACGCUUACCCAGCAGGCUCACAGUACGCUGAGUACCCGCAGAUGGACAACAAACAAGAGGACCGGCAGAGACGCAAAUACAGAUACAUUGUCCACGCAGAGCAGAACGCCCUCACCUUCAGGACUCGAGACAUCAAACCGGGGGAGCACACCAUGCUGUUUGUAACUAAAUGUCCGUGUGACGAGUGUGUCCCUCUGAUCAGGGGAGCCGGCAUCACACACAUCUACACCAGUGACCAGGACAGGGACAAAGAUAAGGGCGACAUUUCCUACCUGAGGUUCAGCAGCGUGAAGGACAUCAGCAAGUUCAUAUGGCAGAGAAACCCUUCAGUUUGCUCCGCGUCCUCUCCUCACAUUUCCAACGGUUGUGUUGGGAAGCACAGCAGGCAAACUGAGCAGGAGAGCCACCGCAACAAGAAGCUGUGCACCAGCAGAUCCCACGACUCGCCUUCUGUCAGCUGAACAUCAGCAGUCCGGUCGGUAAGAAGUCGUCGGCAGUGAGUUGGAGAGACGAGAACAGGCUGAGAAGUGUGCAAUACAGCGACCUCAAAGGGAAACCACUAAGAAGCAAAGGAUGGAGGGACCAGUGAUGGAAGAGGUAAAGAAUAAAUGGACCACGUGAAUGCGGGACAAUUUUUAAAUGGAAGGAAGAAGAGUAGAAAUAACAGAUACUGCGUAUAAAAUAAUAUAUUUCUUAUAGUAAUAUAAACUGUGAUGUGUAGAAUUUUUGGGUGAAUAAUUUAUUUAAAUGGUAUAAAGUAUUGAUAUGAAGACAUGCAUACUGUAUGUGUGUGUGUGCGCUGGUAGUGAUGGGUGUAGCGCUUGUUGACUUGAAUAAGGUUUAAAGGAACUACAGAUACACAGGCCCCUGAUGGACCGUUGCUUUGAAAAUAUCUGAAAGACGCGUGGCUGUUUUUCUCACACUAGGAAUUUUUUUUAGGAUUAUAAUGAUAUUGUUUUAGAUCUGAUGUGAACAGAAGCCAGAUGCACUCGGGCUUAAAAGAACGAUGAAUUCUCCUCCAGGAUACUCAUGCUCUUUCUACAAAGAGGCAGCCACACGCUCACUGUGAAGUGAAGCGUGACAUUUUCGUGCAAUGAGAUUUCGUUUGAAGAAGAAUGAAUGUUGUCACUGGGAUGAAGGAAGCGACGCAGCUUAUUUCUUCAGCAGGUGUUUGCUAAAAUGCCACAUGAAGCUGCUUUAAGGAGGAAGGAACUUGAUUACAUAGCUUGUGUCAUCAUUUUAAUGUAUUUAUUUGAGUUGGGAAAUUGGGUUAAUUUCAAGCUUUAUGUUUUUUUGCAUGAGGACCUGUUUGCAUUGUAUGUCAUACCUUUUUCCUGUCGGUACUAUAACACAUUGUCCAAAGGCUUCUAUAACUCGCGUUCAAAUCACAGAGAGACAUUAAAUGUGAGUGUUAGCUGUGAAGCCAUAUGGCAGGAAAAAAAAAAAACACGUUUCAACAUCAGCAUCUCAAAUAC